AUGGCAAGCGAGAGAAUACAUAAGUAUGAGGAAUCGAAAGGUGCAAAAUGCAAGCAAAAGAAUUGUUUUUCGAAUAGUUAUGGGAGUCCAUUUUGUUUGGUGAAGAAAUUCAAUGAUCAUAACAUUCUGAAGGAAAGUUACAAUAAGAUGAAUGUACGAGGAGAUGAGAAAUGUAAUUUAAAUGAUCGUCUUCAGAAAUAUAGAUCUUAGGCUUAGAUGGCAUUGGAUAAAUUGGAGACUGGUAGAUUACAAAUACCAGAAGCAAUUACUGAUUAGGUAGAUGUAGUAGAAGUGUUAAGAGGAGGAAGAGUAAAUGUAGCAUCGAAUUUAAGUGCGAAUGAAGAAAGCUUAGCAAUUGUGAUUAUUUAUUAUAUAUUUUAAUGGACCAAAUUGAGCUGUGAAGGAAAUAAUAGAGAUCUUAUCACUAUAUCAUUAAAUAACAACAGUAUGUAUUAUUUGGGAAAUACAAUUCAAUAGAGAGAUUCUAUACAAAAAGUAGUAUUAACCUUAAAAUCUUGUUAAGAAUACUUCAGCCAAUAAAAUUACGAUCAUUAUGGGGAAAUGGAUCUUAAGGUUUAGAACGUAAUAGAAGAUGUUCAACGUUUAGAUGUAGUAAAAAUGAAGAAGUCCUUUACAAAGAAGAUGUCAACAAAAUCGAUUCGAUUAUUGUCAAACAAAUUACGGAUAGCAUUAGAUAUGUUGGAGGGUGAUUGGAUUAGCAAGAAUAAUACAUCAUUCCAAUAUAAAUGGGCAUCAAUUAAAAUGAAGAAUAUUCAGCAAGUAAUGAAUAUGGACAUGAAGAAGUUGGAUAAAAAAUCACUUGAGUUAUUGAUCUGUAGGAUAUGCGAAAAAAAAGUACAAGCUUUUGAAAUGAAAAUUCAUUGUGAGGAAUGUCAAUAAUCUGCAGAGGCAAAGAAACGAAUACUAGAAUUGAAUUUGGAAAUGGCAAAUCUGUGCGAAGCAGCUUAUUAAGAUGAAAGAAAUGCUUAAGUUAAACAAGCAAAAAAUAAAAAAGUAUAAAAAAAUAAUAAUAAAUUCAGAAGAACCUAAACAUUCAACAUGGAUGAACAAGAGAACGAAUAAGAGUUAAUCAAUAUCAAUAAUGCUAUGACAAUAAUUAUUAAUUAUGCUGAUAAAAUAGUGAAUUAAUCUAAUGAUGAUCCUAAGUGUAAGAAUUAUCUGACUAAUUAGAAAAUCUGGUCAUCCUUAAUGAUCUGUCGAAUGCAGGCAAUUACAUAGAGAGUAAUGAAGCUAAGACCAUCAUAACGCGAGUUCAUAAGAGCAUCCUUGAUCGAAUGGAUUAUUUUAAGAAACAAGAAGGUCAUCACUAACAAUAUGACAUGA